UCGUACGAAGGUGAUGGUGUUCGUGAUGCCCAACUUUGGAACAGAUAUAUCAGUACAGAAUUAAAAUAAUGACAUUUUCUCGUAAGUCGAUAACUUAAAAAAGGUGAAAGACGUUGUCAGCUAUUCGUGUGGAACUGUACUAUCCUGUCUAAGCGAACGCUUUUUUCAGGUAGCCAGAGCACACUUAAAUUUUAACAUGGGAAAAAAGAAGAAGAGCCGUCAACAAGAGCCAUCCUUGCAAAAUGGAGCUGAUUCAACAGAUUCUAAUGAUGAAAAUCAGGCUAGUGCUACAGGUGGUAAGUGCUGUCCCCAUGUGACAAAAGCAGUUGACUUCACAAGAGUGAAGAAGGCACUGAAACCAGGAGGCAUAGCAAGUGAAUGUGCAGAAUGUCUAAAGAGUGGUGCUGGGGCAACAGUAUCAACUGAUGGAACACAGGAUUCUGGUUCUGUGGGAGGCCUGUGGCUCUGCCUCCGCUGUGGUCAUCAGGGCUGCGGACGCAUGCGGGCACAGCAUGCCCUCAAGCACCAGCGGACCCCCCACUCGGACAGCCAUGCCCUCGCAGUCAACACGGAGCAGUGGAAGAUUUGGUGUUACGAAUGUGGCACAGAAAUAGAUCCAGUCUGCAGGAAGAAAGUACAUGAAUGUGUCGAGUUCUUGAAGCGUCUAGAAUGUCCAAAGCCAGCAAAGGAGCCACAUUUAAAUGGUGAUGUUAACAUGGUUAAUGAACCAGAUACAAACCAACCACUUUCAGAUGUAACAAACACUAUUGCAGUAGUGGCUUCGUCUGUUGAACAAAUAAGGAAGGCUGUUUUGAAUGAUCUGCCAAGAGUGAGGGGUUUGAAAAAUCUGGGAAAUACUUGCUUCUUCAAUGCUGUCCUGCAGUGCCUAGCUCAAACACCCUUCUUGCUGCCCGUUCUGGAGGAAAUGAAAGAAGCAGGUGCGAAAUUCCAGCUACCAGGGGGUGCCCACCCACUGCUGGAAAAUGAAGAAAAAUUGCCUCCACUGGAAGGUGAUCUAUGCAAGUGGCGGGAACUGACAGAGUUGCUGGUUGACAUACUGCACCAGCUCCGGUCAGGCCGAGUUGAAAUACUAGAUCCCCGGCAGCUGCUCGAUAAACUAUCUCAGCGCUGUCCACAGUUUGCUGGCGGUGAUCAGCAUGAUGCACAUGAGUUACUCAGACACUUGCUUGAAGAAGUGCGCACCGAAGACCUUAAGCGCUAUCAGAAGACUAUCAUGGCAAAAUUAGGACUGUCACCAAAAACAGAUCCAGCAUCAGUGGAUGAGGAGGUGAAGAAGAAAGCAAAAGUGUAUGGCAUGCAAGCACAGGAGCUAGUGCUGCAUCCAGAACAGGUGUUCAAGGGGCAUCUGGUGAGCACCCUGGAGUGCCAGGACUGUCUCCACCACUCUCAACGGAUUGAGAGCUUUCUCGAUCUCAGUCUGCCCAUUAAUAGCGAUAAGCCUCAGCCUCCAGCAGUGAGGAAAAAGAACAGCAUGGAAUCAUUUGAUUUCGGUGGAAAUUCUACAGACGAUCACCCUUCAAAACAUCAGCUGAAAAAAGAACGAAGAAUGCAACGUAAAGCCAGAAAAAUAAAGAAAGGAUUUAAUGCUGAUCCACACAAAGCUGAACCAACAAUAGCAGAGGAAACAAACAGCAAAAGGAAUUCUGGAGAGUCAGAGCACAGUGAUGCUGAUGUAGAAGAUAAUUUGGAGCAAGAAGCAACACUGGCACCAGGGCAGAAUGGAGAGUCUGGCUACAGCUCAGAGAAGGCAGAUGUGGGUCGGGAGGACUCAGGAUGUUCAAGCCCAAUUUUGGGCGCUCCACUGCUCUGUGAUGAGUAUGCUGAUUACAAUGACGAUGAGCACAUUGUGGUGGGGCCAUUGUUCAACAAUGGUGAUUCAGCAUUAGCCAGCCCUGGGUCUCCAACCGCUUGUGCAAGAGAAGCAGACCCGUUGUCCAUCAUACCACUUCCUCCACCACCACCACACUCACCUUCACCGACACUGUCACUCCCGGGGCGGUCUGAGCUGACACUCUCACUGCCACAGAUAAUCCCUCUGCCUCCACCACCUGCAUCUUCACCAACAGGAGCACCCAGUCCUGCCUCAUCUGAUGUCAGUGUGGAAGUUGCAUGUGGCAGCCCCGUGCCGGAUAUGGGUUCGGCUGACUUUGCUGAUCUGGAGGAUAGGCCAUUCUCUCGCUUUGGAUUCCGUGAGGCAGAUGACAUGGUGCCCACACCCAACCAGUCAGUCGGAGAAGAGACACCGGUUGUGGACAUCUGCAGUGGAAUUGGCACUCUGUCUUUGAGCCCUGGUGGUGCAGCUGGUGAUGAGACAGGUGCUGUUCUGAAUGGUGUAACAAGCUGUACACCAUCUCCCAUCCUAUCACCUCCAUCACCUGAGGGAACAGAUGAAUAUGAUACCAAAAAUCGAACUCUUGCACCACGGUAUCAGUGUGCAGAGGGAGAAUGUUCAGUGCUCUCCUGCUUGAACCAAUUUACUGCAAUUGAGCUGAUGACUGGUAACAACAAAGUGGGCUGUGUGAACUGCACCCAGAGGCACAACAAAGGAAAAGAGGGUAAGAUGGUGUGCACCAACUCCACGAAACAACUAUUGAUCAGCAGCCCACCAGCAGUGCUGAUCUUGCACCUCAAAAGGUUCCAAGUUCAUGUGAACACAUUGCGGAAGAUCACUCGCCAUGUUACUUUUCCACUGGUUUUGGACCUUGCACCUAUUUGUUCCACAAAAUCUAAGGAGUCUCCAACUGUGAGGCCAGAUCAAAAUCAAAUAAUGUAUUCUCUGUAUGGCGUAGUGGAACACAGCGGAACACUUCAUGGAGGGCAUUAUGUUGCAUUUGUCAAGGUGCGACCAAUACUGUCGGAAGAUGAUUACCGUUGGUCAUUUGUCCCCACAUCACAAGGUUCCCACAGAAAUACAUCUCAGGCAAUGAAGAGCCAAGCACAAGGCACUGCAGAAGGUGGAACGUUCACUCCGCCACCAGGUCGCUGGUAUUAUGUCAGUGACUCUAGAGUGAGAGAAGUUGAAGAAGAGGUUGUGAUGCGCAGUCAGGCAUAUAUGUUGUUUUAUGAGCGCAUAUGGUAGCAGGUGAAGACUGUGUGUGUGUGUGUGUGUGUGUGUUCUUCAGUGGUGUGCAAGGUGAUGGCAUUUAUUUGCCAGCGUGUAUCAAUUAUUUUGUUGGAAGAUAUUUAUUUGUUAUAAUGAUUUAGUUCUAUGAAUGUAAGAUUACAACACCCGAAAAGAAAUAUCCCUACAUUUUUGAGCAGAACUAUUUUAAUUCCUCCACAUGUAGUAAACUGUGAAGUAACCCUUCUGAACUGUGUGUGUGUGUGUGUGUGUGUGUGUGUGUGUGUGUGUGUGUUUGUGUGUGUGUGCGCGCGCGUUCACGUGUACUGUAUCUUUUACACUGUUUUCUUGCAGAUUCUUCUGAGGAUUUUGUUAUGAGAUUUUCUGAAGCAUAGUAGCCAUUAAGGUUUGAUGUGUAGAAAUGCUUUGUUGGUGGUAUAUUCGUGUUGCUCAGAACGAUGAUCCUUCUCAUUUGAGUGAAUGUUGCAUGAUCAGUGUCAUAUUUGAUUCAUUAGUACCUACCUUAUAAGGAAGUCUGUCCAUGUUUGCCAAAACAGUUGAGGUUUCAUCCAUAAGAAAGUUCCUUCAUGUCGUGCUGGCAUUUCAGUUGUUGUUAAUGUUGCUGUUGUGAUGUGUUUUGCUACAUAACUAUUUUUUGUGUGUGCAGGAAAAUCUCUGUGGUAGUUGACAUUAUUUUUGAGUCAGAAAUACUGGUGUAAUUGUUGUGUAGCUCUGGGCAAGUAGUUAGUGUUUUGACUGAGGCCAUCUGUCUUCUUAUCUUUAUGUAAUGGAAAAAUGGUACAUUGUUCUGUUAUAUUUGAGAACACUUCUUUUUUGUGUUGUUUGGUUUUAUAUCAGUUCUCAAAAAUGAAGUGUUAGCUGAUACGGCAUUUUUCUGUCAUAUUUGUAUUCCUCUUGCUGUGUACUACUGAGUUAUGCUGUGUGCAGAGAGCUGUGUGAUAAGAAAGUCAUUAAUUAUUACAGCUAAGAACAAAUAUGUGAAACUGAAUGUAGAUAAGAGGAGAAUUUUACAAAAUUAUGUGUUUGUGAAAGUUCAGUUAUUUAAACAGUGUUAAUGAGAAAUUUCUAAGAAAACAUCUCGGGGAAGGUAUUCAUUUAUUGAACUUGGAUUAUAAAUUCUGUAGGUGUUUAAAAGGGUGAAGUAAUGAAGUGCAAGUUACAGAAAAGAGAAAGUACAGAAUAAAAUUCAUUUUAUAGUUACGUAUUCCUUUCCUCACAUGUUUCGUAUAAAUUGAAAAUACCAGAUGUUGUCACAGAGAUGAAGCAAUGUGGUAGCAGUAAGUCUCAGUGAAGAGUUUACAACAAGAAAGACAGUUUCAUAUGAAAUGAUAGAAAAAAUGUUGCUAUUUAACAGAUGGAAAAUUGGCCAAUCUCUACGAAUGCCACAAGAAAAGAAAAACGGAAGGAAAAAAAAAUUGAUGGUGACAAGCAAAUACUAAGUCCACAUCUCAAAAUUAUUAUGUAACUGGCCAUUAUUUCUGAACUGCAGGUACUCUUUAUCUGUGUUUUCUUAUCUAUGCUACUCAAUUGUUUACUGAAGGAAACAGUUUCCAGAAAUUGUGCUGGCUAAAUUAGUUAUAACUAAAUAUUUACACAGUUUAAAAAUAAAUUCAUUGAAAUGUAUUGCAUACUUAUGUCCAUUGUUGUAUAAAAUAUUUCUCAGAAUUUGUGUGCUAUAUGAAUGUGAGUUAUGUGAAGGUAUGUUUUAAAAAAAAUGGAAGUAAGUGUGAUGAACAAAGACAUUUGAUGUAAUAGGAUGGAAAUUCUGGACACUGUAGUGGUCAGUAAUAUGCUGUGUGUGGGGGGAGGGGGGGGGGGCGUAAUGAUGUGACUGUAGAAUUAUUUGCCUUGUUAAAGGUACAAAGCAGUUUAGCAGUUUGAAUCUAAAUUGCAGUUAUUUUGUUAUUUCAUGUUAAUACAUUAGUUCGAUGAUUUUUAACAAUGAUAUGAGGAGCUGAAGGUACCUGACCAACUCUGAAGAGGAGGAUUUUGUAUUGAGAUUGAAAUUGUGAAAACCAGACUUUUAUGUGAUAACUUAUGUAAACUAUUUGACACGAUACAGUGAAUGAGAAAUUAUUGGUGUUUUAUACUGUAUGCAAAGUGGCAUGUCAUUCGUUUCAUAUGGAAAUAUUGGGAUGAUGUAGAUUCACGAGAGAAUGUGUCACUGUAUAAAAUUUGUUUGCGACACUUCAAGUAGAUGAUGUUAGCAUGGUGGCAUGUUGUUAAAUGUAAAAUCUAAAUUUCACUGUCUGUGUUUGUAUGCACAAUCUCUAUGUACUAUGCCUAAACAACUACUGCAGAUCUGAAUGGAUGUGUGUGACAUAACACUAUUAUGAUUGUAGUAAUCACAUCUCCCUACAAAUGACCAAUGGUGCAUUAUUGUUCGUAUGAAAAGGACCAACACCUUUGUAGAAACUGGAAGACAUGUGACCUUGCAGUGGCACGCUGCUUAAUGUUAAAUUGGUCCAAGGGGUUGCUGUUUGAUAUAUAUAUUUCACUCUCCUGCUCCACCUCCCCUCAACCACCCUCUCCACCCUCACCUUUUCCCCCCCUCCCCUUCUCCC